AUGAAGAAUGCUGGGGACCUGCCGCCCGACACCUCGGAGGGCGGGCGGGGGGCGAGCUCGUUAAGCCUCACGGCGGUGCUGAUGGGUCGGGGCGCGCGCUUCGGAGGCGCCGCGUCCGCCCCCCGGGGCGGGGGCGCUUCGGCUCCGACGAACUCGGUGCCGUCAGACUGGAAGCUACCGGAGUGGAUUAAGCCGGACGCGCACAUCUGUUAUAAUUCCAGAAGCUCGGGUGAGAAGAUCGAGGUUGUGGUAGAGAUGGUGAACACUGCCAAGCAGGAGGUGGAGGUGACCGGGGUGUCGGUGCCGGGCUUCCUCCGGGUGAUCCCCUUCUCAGUGAUCGCCGCGCACCCGGACCUCAGAUGGGCAGCUCUUGGGGGGGCGCAGCUGUGA